GUCAUCAUCUCCUUCUCCUUCUCUCUCUCUCUCUCUCUCUCUUCUUUCUCUCUCUACAAUGGCCGCCACUUCCUCCCCGGCCCUCUCCCAGGCCCUCCUCUCCCGCCCCUCCCUCCCUUCAACCGGGGCUCCCAACAACCAAUCCUCCCUCUCCCUCCCUUCCUUCUCUCGCAUCAAGCUCUCCCCGCUCUCCGCCGCCCACCGCCGCCGUCGCCUCCCCUCCUCGGCCUCCCGCUCCGCCAUCAGGGCCUCCUCCGCCGCCGUCGAGACCGUCGGCGCCACCGCUGAGACCUCCCUCGUCGAGAAGUCCAUCAACACUAUCAGGUUCCUGGCCAUCGAUGCCGUCGAGAAGGCCAACUCCGGCCACCCUGGCCUCCCCAUGGGCUGCGCCCCAAUGGGCCACAUCCUCUACGACGAGGUCAUGAGGUACAACCCCAAGAACCCCUACUGGUUCAACCGCGACCGGUUCGUGCUCUCCGCCGGUCACGGGUGCAUGCUCCAGUACGCUCUGCUGCAUCUCGCUGGCUACGACAGCGUCAAGGACGAGGACUUGAAGAGCUUCCGUCAGUGGGGAAGCAGAACUCCUGGACACCCUGAGAACUUUGAGACGCCUGGUAUUGAAGUCACAACAGGUCCUCUUGGCCAAGGAGUUGCCAAUGCUGUUGGUUUGGCCCUCGCCGAGAAGCAUUUGGCUGCCCGCUUCAACAAGCCCGAUUCCGAAAUUGUCGACCACUAUACAUAUGUUAUCCUUGGAGAUGGGUGUCAAAUGGAGGGUAUCGCCAAUGAAGCCUGCUCCCUAGCAGGACACUGGGGCCUCGGGAAACUGAUAGCAUUUUACGAUGAUAACCACAUCUCCAUCGAUGGUGACACAGAAAUUGCCUUCACCGAGAGUGUCGACACCCGUUUUGAGGGUCUUGGGUGGCAUGUUAUCUGGGUCAAGAAUGGUAACACAGGUUAUGAUGAAAUUCGUGCUGCAAUUAAGGAAGCAAAGGCGGUGAAGGACAAGCCCACUUUGAUUAAGGUAACGACCACCAUUGGUUUUGGUUCACCCAACAAGGCUAACAGCUACAGUGUGCACGGGAGUGCCUUAGGUGCCAAGGAAGUGGAUGCUACCAGGAAGAACCUUGGAUGGCCCUAUGAGCCUUUCCACGUUCCUGAGGAUGUCAAGAGCCAUUGGAGUCGACACAUCCCUACUGGUGCUGCAUUUGAGGCUGAAUGGAAUGCUAAGUUUGCGGAAUAUGAGAAGAAAUACAAGGAAGAAGCUGCAGAGCUGAAGUCUAUCGUCAAGGGUGAAUUCCCUGCGGGAUGGGAAAAAGCCCUGCCGACAUACACCCCAGAGAGUCCUGCAGACGCAACCAGGAACCUCUCCCAGCAGUGCCUCAACGCCCUUGCAAAGGUUCUGCCUGGCCUUCUUGGUGGAAGUGCAGAUCUUGCUUCUUCCAACAUGACUUUACUCAAGAUGUUUGGAGACUUCCAGAAGAACACUCCUGAGGAAAGGAAUGUCAGAUUCGGUGUUAGAGAGCACGGAAUGGGAGCGAUCUGCAAUGGUAUUGCCCUCCACAGUCCCGGGCUCAUCCCUUACUGUGCCACCUUCUUCGUCUUCACUGACUACAUGCGAGCUGCCAUGAGAAUUUCUGCUCUCUGUGAAGCUGGAGUUAUUUACGUGAUGACCCACGACUCAAUUGGGCUCGGAGAGGAUGGGCCCACUCACCAGCCCGUUGAGCACCUCGCUAGCUUCCGGGCCAUGCCCAACAUCCUAAUGCUCCGCCCUGCUGAUGGCAAUGAGACCGCUGGGGCUUAUAAAGUUGCCGUGCUUAACAGGAAGAGACCUUCCGUGCUUGCCCUCUCGAGGCAGAAGCUCCCCCAGCUCCCGGGAACCUCCAUUGAUGGAGUUGCCAAGGGUGGUUACAUAAUUUCUGACAACUCUACUGGCAACAAGCCCGACCUUAUCUUGCUUGGAACAGGGUCUGAAUUGGAGAUUGCUGCUAAAGCCGCUGACGAGCUCAGGAAGGGAGGGAAGACAGUGAGGGUUGUGUCCUUCGUUUCAUGGGAGCUUUUCGAUGAACAGUCAGCGGAGUACAAGGAAAGUGUCCUGCCCGCUUCUGUGACCGCCAGGGUCAGCAUCGAGGCAGGAUCCACAUUCGGGUGGGAGAAGAUCGUCGGCAGCAAAGGGAAGGCCAUUGGUAUCGACAGAUUCGGUGCGAGUGCCCCUGCAGGAAAGAUAUAUAAGGAGUUUGGAAUAACAGCAGAGGCAGUUGUUGCUGCAGCAAAGGAACUAUCCUCUUAGACUCGGGACAUGAUUAGCAAUUGCAAGCAAAUCUUGGAUCUUUUCUGUUAAUUAUUUGGAGUUGCGGUUUGGAUGUUCAGAUGAAGUGAAGAGGCCAUGACUUCAGAGAUAUGUCGCGGGAAUAGGUCUCUCUAGUUGCAAUAAAAGAAAGCUCGAUUUUUCCUUUUUCUUCUUUGUCUUUGCUGCUUUUUUUUUUUUUAAGUUGCUGCUAAUAGUUCUUGAUGGAAGCAAAAUAGAUCAGAUCAGACUGGGGAGGGAGGAUGGAUUUGAACUAAAUGAGUUACUCAGACAAAUCUCGAGUUUGUAAUCUUCUGUUGUCGAACAUAAUGAAUCCUCUCAUUCGGAAGAUCAUUAUACAGCUGGAUUUGAAUUCCACUGCUCUUUGGUGUUUGAUAUA